AGUCAUCUUGUGGCUGUCGUGGCUUUCGGCAAAGUUUUCCUCACAAGACCUUGCCUUUACCUGCAGAGAAGCCGUGUCCUGCAUUUUUCUACAUUCCCUUCCCACUCCCCAGCCGAAAGAUUCCAACACCACCCCGACCCAAGAAGCGACUCCGCGGCAGUGGGAGCGCCAGCCGCGAGUCAUCGGCGACGGCAGGUGACGACGGCGACCUCCCUCGUGAUCUCUCGUUUUGGCUCCACGAUUCAUUGAGGGCACUAUAUAUGCCACUCUGCGGAAGGAAAACAUACGUUUGCUAGCUUCUGGAAGUGUUUGUGUAUUUCGAGCAUUAAGAAAUGUACGGCGAGUCUAGCAAAUAUGGUAGCCUGGAGAGCAUGCUGCAUGAUCAAUGUUCAAAACCACACGCGCUACCAUUACAAUUUUUGAAAGAGAUCACAGACAACUUCUCAUAUGAGCGACUACUUGGUGAAGGUGGUACUGGCAGGGUAUACAAGGGUUUGUUACAAAGUGGGGAGAUAAUGGCUGUGAAGAGGCUAGAACCAUCAAUGGUGCGCGCUCAGAGUUUAUUUGAGAAUGAGGUUCACCAUCUUAUGAGGCUUAAUCACCCGAACGUUGUCCGAUUUAUGGGCUACUGCUAUGAAACAAAGAAGUUCUUUGAAAAUUACGAAGGGAAGAUGGUUUUUGCCGAGAGUUCAGAAAUGUUGCUCUGCUUGGAGUAUCUCCCCAAAGGAAGCCUUGAUGGGUAUCUUUCAGAUGGAUCCUCUGAACUUGAUUGGCACAGCCGUUACAAAAUAAUCAAGGGGAUUUGCAAUGGUUUGCACUACCUUCACGAGCAAAUUGAUAAUCCUAUUCUUCACUUGGACCUAAAGCCCGCGAACGUAUUGCUUGAUGACAAGUUAGCACCAAAAAUUACAGAUUUUGGGCUUUCAAGACUGCUUGAUCAGCAUCAAACUAUUUCUAGUCCGAAUCGCGCUGGUACAUUUGGCUACAUGGCACCGGAAUACAUCCAUGAAGGUACAAUCACACCUAAGUCAGAUAUAUUCAGUCUGGGUGUGAUAAUCAUGGAGCUAAUAAUGGGAGACAGGAACUACCCAAGUGUUGCUGAAGCAUCUUUAGAGGGCUUUAUAGAGCUUGAACUUAAAAAAUGGAGAAAGACGCUAGAAAAAGCAGAGGGUUACACAAAGAUAGAAGUAGAUUGCCAACAAAUAAAAAGAUGCAUUCAGAUAGGUCUAAUAUGCGUGAAUCCUGACUGGACCAAGAGACCUACAACAACAAAAAUUAUCGAGAUGCUUCAGGGAUUGGAAAGUUCAGAUUGUAGCACUAGCAAUGAGGCAAUGCCAUCAGCCGAUCAGAUCUCAAAGGGACUCAAAAGGCACAAGGAUUACUUUGGGGUUACUGAAGAAGGAAAACUGUCUCCUAAAAAUACAUUAUGUAUCGAGUUUUUUGGGCAAUCUGAAAGAAGGGAUCCACUAGUUGAAGAAGCAUCAGUUUUUCUUUCAAUGGUUGUUGAAUGUCAACGUGGAAAGUUACUAUAUCUCGAAAACCGAGUUGCUUUGGCGAGGAUAUUUUUUCCAGCUGAGGCAAAAGUAGCAAUGCAAAUUGCUCAAGCGGAUUGUAUUUUGGAAUUUCCACUUGCUUCUGGUGCAAAUCCACGUCCAGAGAUACAAGGGGGAACUGUUGGUCUAUAUAAAACUCCUUUACAAAUGAAGGAUGAACACUUUGCUAGGAUCAGAGCCCUCUCCAAAAUGAUUGAGAUGGGCAAACGCUACUUCCCGCGCUGUUUAAGUACGCUGGACAAGGUGAUAGAUGGUGAAACUGAACCAGCUUCGCUUGGAAGAGAUAAACGCAGUUUGAAGAGGAAGUUUCAUGAUCUGCAGGACUUGGUUUUGAAGGCAUUCAAGGAGGACACGAGGUUUGACAUAUCGGUCUUUUCAUCUUCUCUUCGACGUCCAUUGGAUUGGAGCUAGAAGUUUGACAGGUUGGCCUACGAGAUAAAAACCUCGACCUCAUUGUUGGCUUGUUGCCAUAUUGAUACACGAUUUUCCUUUGAAACUGCUUGUCAGAUAUUUCUGUUAAAUGUACUCCGAAUAGUAUACUGUUCUUGCCACAGCAGUCUAGCGUCAUCAGAUAUGAUGAAGCUGGUGGUCUAGCCUUUGUGUAGAUUGUAUAGUUUUAUGCCCAUCUGUUCAUGUAUAAUAAAACUGUAGUACGGCUUUGGCACUAGGCAUGUAAUAUGGAA